CCACCAAAUUCCAAGCAUUUCCAGUUCCAAAAGGUGAUCUAUACUUUGCAAUUCGAACUCUAAUUUUCAUCAUGGCACUAUCAACAAUGAUCUAUAACCAUCUUCCUACUACAUCUCAACCCAUCAUGAACAAGCUCCCCAAAAUCCAUGGCCUUGCCCAUCAACAAGUUGUUCGUGAUCCACCCCAAACAAAAACAUCUAACCGGGUUUCAAGUCUAACCGAGUCACUCUCACACCUCCUCCACCUCCAUCUUGAAACCCCUCCUCGUACUAAUAUUCACCAAAUCAAUUGGAACUUAUAUGGUGAAGAGAAACUCUCUACUCCCACAACUUCUCCUAAGGAGGUCAUAGCCCAAAACUGGCAUGACAUGCAUGCUUCCUCAAAUUGGGAGAGUCUCUUGGAUCCUCUUCAUACUUGGCUUCGAAGAGAAAUCAUAAAAUAUGGAGAAUUUGCACAAGCAACAUAUGAUGCUUUUGAUUUCGAUUCUCACUCGGAGUAUUGUGGAAGUUGCCGGUACAAUCGUCACAAGUUAUUCGAAACAUUAGGCCUCAGUAGAAAUGGCUAUAAGGUCAGCAAGUAUAUUUAUGCCAUGUCACAUGUAAACAUGCCUCAAUGGUUGCAGAGGUCAAAAUUGGCGGAAACGUGGAGCAAAGAUUCCAAUUGGAUGGGCUACGUGGGGGUUAGUGAUGACGAGGAGACACGAAGGAUUGGGCGGAGAGAUAUUGUGGUGGCGUGGCGAGGAACAGUGGCACCAACGGAGUGGUAUGAGGAUCUGCAAAGGAAGUUGGAGCCAACUGGGCACGGGGAUGCCAAGGUUGAACAUGGAUUUCUUAGUAUUUACACUUCUAAGAAUGACUCUACUAGGUACAACAAAUCUAGUGCCUCAGAGCAAGUCAUGAAAGAAGUGACAAGGCUUGUAGAAUUGUAUAGGGAAAAAGGUGAAGAAGUUAGCCUCACAAUCACUGGACAUAGCUUGGGUGGUGCAUUGGCUCUCCUCAAUGCUUAUGAAGCUGCAUCAACUAUUCCUAACCUUCCCGUUAGUGUGAUUUCCUUUGGUGCACCAAGGGUUGGCAACAUUGCUUUCAGAGAUGAGCUUCACCAAUUGGGAGUAAAAACCUUGAGAGUAGUAAUUAAGCAAGACGUAGUACCUUGGAUGCCAGGGCUUGUUUUCAAUGAGAGUUUACAAAAACUUGAUGAUAUUACCGGGACAUUAGGAUGGGUUUACACGCAUGUUGGAGCCGAAUUGAAACUUGAUGUUCGUUCAUCGCCUUACCUUAAACGUGGAUUAAAUUGGCUAGGGUUCCAUAGCCUUGAAACAUAUCUUCAUCUAGUGGAUGGGUUUGUUAAUACUACCUCAACAUUUCGGGAAGAGGCUAGGAGAGAUGUUGCUUUAGUGAACAAGGCAUGUGACAUGUUGGUAGAUGAACUUAGGAUCCCACAUUGUUGGUACCAAUUGGCCAACAAGGGAUUAGUUUGUAAUGCUCAUGGUAGAUGGGUAAAACCAAAGAGAGAUCCAGAAGACAUACCUUCACCUCAUAUGCAAGAAAAUAUUAAUGUCCCUGCUCUUGAAGCUGGGAUUCAAACACAAGAUGUACUUAAACCUUUAUAUAGUGUUUGAUAAAACUGAAACUUUGUUUUCUCAUAACUAUAAUUAUUUC